GCGCCUCCCCGGCCUCUGCCAGGUUCGGGACGCCAUGGCCGCACCGCCGGCCUCUGCGGGCGCUGCCCUUUCGCCCCUGCAAUCCACUGUGGCCCCAGACGUGCCUGGCCGCCCGGCCGAGCAGAGUGAAACAGCGUGCGAGGACCGCAGCAAUGCAGGGUCCUUGGACAGACUUCUCCCACCAGUGGGUACUGGGCGCUCACCUCGGAAGCGCACCACCAGCCAGUGCAAGUCAGAGCCACCCCUGCUUCGCACAAGCAAACGUACCAUCUACACAGCUGGACGUCCACCAUGGUACAAUGAACAUGGUACACAGUCCAAGGAGGCCUUUGCCAUUGGCUUAGGAGGUGGCAGUGCAUCUGGGAAGACCACUGUGGCCAGGAUGAUCAUUGAGGCACUAGAUGUGCCCUGGGUGGUCCUGCUGUCCAUGGACUCCUUCUAUAAGGUUCUGACACAGCAGCAGCAGGAACAGGCUGCCUGCAACAAUUUCAACUUUGACCACCCCGAUGCCUUUGACUUCGAUCUCAUCAUUUCCACCCUCAAGAAACUAAAGCAGGGCAGGAGUGUCCAAGUACCCAUCUAUGAUUUCACCACCCAUAGCCGGAAAAAAGACUGGAAAACACUGUAUGGUGCAAAUGUCAUCAUCUUUGAGGGUAUCAUGGCCUUUGCUGAUAAAACGCUGCUGGAGCUCCUGGACAUGAAGAUCUUUGUGGACACAGACUCUGAUAUUCGACUGGUACGGCGGCUGCGCAGGGACAUCAGUGAGCGAGGUCGGGACAUUGAGGGUGUCAUUAAGCAGUACAACAAAUUUGUCAAACCUGCUUUUGAUCAGUAUAUCCAGCCCACCAUGCGCCUGGCAGAUAUUGUGGUGCCCAGAGGGAGCGGGAACACAGUAGCCAUUGACCUGAUUGUGCAGCAUGUUCACAGCCAGCUGGAAGAGCGUGAACUCAGCGUCAGGGCCGCGUUGGCCUCUGCUCACCAGUGCCAUCCCCUUCCCCAGACACUGAGUGUCCUCAAGAGUACACCACAGGUACGAGGCAUGCACACUAUCAUCAGGGACAAGGAGACUAGCCGGGAUGAAUUCAUUUUCUACUCCAAAAGACUGAUGCGGCUGCUUAUUGAACAUGCAUUGUCCUUCCUACCCUUUCAGGACUGUACUGUACAGACUCCACAAGGCCAGGACUACGUGGGGAAGUGCUACGCUGGAAAACAGAUCACUGGCGUGUCGAUUCUGCGUGCAGGAGAAACCAUGGAGCCUGCCUUGCGUGCUGUGUGCAAGGAUGUGCGCAUCGGCACUAUCCUCAUCCAGACCAACCAGCUCACAGGAGAGCCUGAGCUCCAUUACCUGAGACUUCCCAAGGAUAUUAGUGAUGACCAUGUGAUCCUGAUGGACUGUACAGUGUCUACAGGUGCUGCAGCCAUGAUGGCUGUUCGUGUACUCCUGGACCAUGAUGUGCCUGAGGACAAGAUCUUUUUGCUAUCCCUGCUCAUGGCAGAGAUGGGUGUGCAUUCUGUGGCCUAUGCAUUUCCACGUGUGAGAAUCAUCACCACAGCUGUGGACAAGCGUGUCAAUGACCUUUUCCGUAUCAUCCCAGGCAUUGGGAACUUUGGUGAUCGCUACUUUGGGACAGAUGCAGUCCCUGAUGGCAGUGAUGAGGAGGAGGCAGCCUCUCUGGGUUAGUUCCCUGUCCGAGCUACUCUUAUUUCUACCCAGCCUUCUGUCUCCUGGUCUGGAAUCGCAGAGACAACACAUUAACUUAUUUGAAUUUAAAGAUGCUACCAAUAAUAUUCAGUUUACACAUUUUAUAAAAUAAAUAAAGCUUUAGAAAAUGA